UGUUGUGAGGCAGUGGGGAGGAAGCGUCUCCUGAGCUGGUAGGCGACCGGGGGAGAGGUUGGGAGUUGGUCGGCGCCGGUACUCCGGGGGAGGCCAGUUGACGGUUCGGCAGUCAAGGCUGUUUCUGCCGUUGCUUUCGAGGAGCUCCUACGGGAGACCUGUUUUGGGGGUCAGCGCUGAUUUCCGACCUUCCCCCUUUCCGGGCAGGAUGGUGAUACACCCCAGAGAUGGCAACCGAAGGGAGCAGCCUCUCCGAGGAUGGAUAACGCUCUUAAAUGACCAGCCAGGCCCUUUUGCCCGUGUCUUGUUGCCUUGAGCACCGCGGCCUACUUAUUACCGGCCUUGAGGAGCUGCCUUCCUGAUUUGUUUAGGCUUACACAGCUGUGGUUGAAGGUGGGACUUCGUCUUGUUGAUGACUUUCAGACGUGACAAGCAACUCUUUUGUGUCUUCCUCACUCCUGUUGUCUUAUUCUUAAGAAGAGAGAUGGUUUUACUGUUCUUAGAAGUGCAGUACCCUAUAAUCUGCAAGUACAAUCAAAAUGGGGCCUAGACGGAAAAAUGUGAAAGUGUAUUCCACAAACCGGGAAAGCCCUGUAUGCAUGAAAGCUGCUGAGCUGAAAGACUACAUGAACCAGCUUUCACAUGAAGUGCUUUGCCAUAUCUUUAGGUAUCUUCCCCUGCAGGAUAUCAUGUGCAUGGAAUGCCUCUCCCGGAAGUUAAAGGAAGCUGUCAUCUUGUAUCUAAGAGUAGUUAAAGUUGUGGAUCUCUGCGCAGGUCGCUGGUGGGAGUACAUGCCCACUGGAUUCACAGAUUCCAGCUUCCUAACCUUGCUGAAGAAAAUGCCAGACAUUGAGCAGCUGUAUGGCCUUCAUCCCAGGCACCUUGACAGACGUAGGGUUCGGGGUUAUGAAGCCUUCAGCAUUCCUGGGGUGCUAGAAGCUUUGCAGGCGUGCCCAAAUCUCUUGGGUGUUGAGACUUCCCAUUUGGAACUAGUAGAAGCCAUUUGGACAUACAUGCCCCAAGUUCACAUCCUAGGGAAGUUUCGUAAUCGUAAUGGUGCCUUCCCAAUUCCACCUGAAAAUAAAUUGAAAAUACCAAUAGGAGCUAAAAUUCAAACUUUGCACUUAGUAGGAGUUAAUGUCCCUGACAUUCCUUGUAUUCCAAUGCUGAGGCAUCUGUACCUGAAGUGGGUGAGACUCACCAAACCACAACCUUUUAAGGAUUUCCUUUGCAUCAGCUUACGCACUUUUGUCAUGAGAAAUUGUGCAGGACCCACAAACUCAUUGAAGUAUGUUCCCCUGGUCACUGGCUUAGCUUCUGCUCGAAACUUAGAACAUCUAGAAUUGGUUCGAGUUCCUUUUCUUGGAGGUCUCAUUCAGCAUGUUGUAGAAGACAGCUGGAGAUCUGGGGGCUUCAGAAAUUUGCACACUAUAGUUCUAGGCGCUUGUAAGAAUGCUUUGGAAGUUGAUCUUGGCUACCUCAUCAUAACUGCUGCACGAAGAUUGCAUGAAGUACGAAUUCAGCCUUCCUUAACCAAAGAUGGAGUAUUCUCUGCACUAAAAAUGGCAGAAUUGGAAUUUCCCCAGUUUGAAACACUACAUCUUGGAUAUGUUGAUGAGUUUUUGUUACAGUGUAAAAUGAUCAAUGCAGAUCUGGUGAAGUAUGGAUUAGCUGAUGUGGUUGAAAAUCCAGGCAUUAUCACAGACAUAGGAAUGAAAGCAGUAAACGAAGUCUUCUCUUCAAUUAAAUAUCUUGUCAUAUACAAUUGCCCUCAUUUACAUAAUCCAAAUAGCUGGAUCACAGAUCAUUCAAGAUGGACUCGGCUUUUUGAUCUCACCCUGGUGAGAUGCCAUGCAAUAAAACUAGACUCUUUUAGCCAGUUUAUUGAAUUACUACCAAGCCUGGAGUUUAUCUCUCUGGACCAGAUGUUUCGGGAACCACCCAAGGGUUGUGCUCGUGUAGGUCUGAGUGCAGGUACAGGAAUUGGAGUUUCCUCUGCUUUGGUGAGCAACCAGAAUUCCAACAAUGAAAAUGACAACAAUAAUAACCACCAAAACAAUAAUGCCAAUAUACACCAUAAUAACCACCAGCAACCAAAUGAUCAAAAUGAAGAGAAUGAAUUGCGACAGGAGGAGCAGAUGGAGGAACAGCAGAAUGCAGCAGAUGCACUGAAUGAGAUAGAGGAGGUGGCACAGGAAGAUGGAGUGGCUUUGGUAGAGAGCCACAGUGAAGCAAUUGCAACUAAUCAAGCACUUCUUCCCAUGGAAAUUGAUGAAGAACAAGCAGGACCUAGUGGUCUUCAGCCUAGUGUAAACCUAGCACCUAUUACAGUACAUGAUUCAGACAGUGAAGAUGAAGAUGAAAACAUGGCAAGCUCAAGAUCCUGUAUCACAAACAGCAUUGCACAAAGUUACUCAGAUGGAGAGGAAAGAGUUAGAGAUCCAGUGGAAAUCCAGGAACCCUUAGCAGUGAGUGGUAAAGGCAAAGCUCCACUGCGGAAAAGAUGCAGUGCCAGUCGGGUGAAGCUUUUUCUGUCUGAGGAGAGCAGCUGUGAAAAGGGCUGUCAAGUCACCAGUGAGCAGAUUAAAGCAGAUAUGAAAGCAGCCAGUGAUGUGACCACAGAAAAAAAUAAAAACAAAGAUUGUAACCCAAGCUGUGGUGGGGACACUGGACCUUCAGGAAACUCAUCCGCUGCUGCUUCUCAAAACCUGGAAGAUGUCAGGAAAGCAGAUAGCUCUAAUGAGUCCCUUUCUGUAGCUGCAGAGGAUUCUGGGAAAUGUCUCUGUAGGAAUGAAGAUUCCAAUGAGCGGGAUGAUGAAGAUAAUUCUUUAUGCUCCAGGUGUUCCUGCUAUGUGCCGCAGAGCCAGCAAAAGAGAACUAAUGGAGGUUCUGAUGAUGAAUCUCCAUCUACCAGUGGAGCCUGUGGUACAAAUGGGCCAUCUGUGGGAGGAGCAGAACUUUCUCUGAGAACAUUAACAAACAGUGAUUCCUUAGGGGAAGCCAGCAAUGAGAGGACUAAUGAGGGUGUCGGUGGGAUUGCUAAUGAGGAGGGCAGUACUUUACAGCAAGCAAGGUUUGAAAUGGAAUACAAUGAAGAUUAUCCUCGUAGACCUUUAACAAGAGCCAGAAGUAGGCUUUCCCAUGUGCCUUUGGUGUCUCAGCCUGAAGCAGCUAAACCAAAAUCUCGACAUUCAGUGAAGAGAAAACGGACAGCUGACAAGUCCACAAGCACCAGUGAUCCUGUGAUUGAGGAUGACCACAUCCAGGUUUUGACACUCAAAUCAAAAAACCUUGUUGGAAUCACAUUGACUAACUGUGGCAUAACAGACCUGGUGCUGAAAGACUGCCCUAAAAUGAUGUUCAUUCAUGCCACCAGGUGUCGUGUUCUUAAGCACUUAAAAGUAGAGAAUGCACCCAUUGUCAAUCGAUUUGAUUAUGCUCAAUGCAAGAAAUUAAAUAUGGAUCAGGUCCUAGAUCAGAUACUUCGAAUGCCUCCAGAGAGAAACCGGAUUAUUUACCUUCGUCCAAUGCAACAGGUUGACACACUAACUCUUGAGCAAAAAAUAUUUAGUGGUCCUUACCCAUAUCAUAUCUGUGUCAUUCACGAAUUCAGUAACCCUCCAAAUGUUCGCAAUAAAGUCCGGAUUCGCAGCUGGAUGGACACGAUAGCAAAUAUCAAUCAAGAGCUUAUUAAAUAUGAAUUCUUUCCUGAAGCCACACGAACGGAAGACGAUCUAAAAAAAUACACAAGAUAUCCAUGGGGGAGAGACAUUUACACUCUAGAAGGUAUUGUGGAUGGAGCUCCCUAUUCAAUGAUAACUGAUUUUCCAUGGUUGAGGUCUCUGAGGACAGCUGAUCCUAAUGGCUAUGCAAGAUACGAUUUUGAAGAUGAUGAAAAGACUACUAUUUAUGCUCCCCGGAGAAAAGGACAACUGUCGGCAGAUAUCUGCAUGGAAACAAUAGGUGAAGAGAUCUCUGAACUCCGCCAGAUGAAGAAAGGGGUAUUCCAGAGGGUGGUUGCUAUCUUCAUCCAUUACUGUGAUGUUAAUGGGGAGCCAGUAGAAGACGAUUACAUCUGAAUGCAUCCAGCUGCAAGCUCUCUCAGCCCUUCCUGUGUUUUGACUGGCAUUGCCAGCACAGAAACCAGAUGGAUUUCACCCACUGCUGUAGUGCACUGAGAAGUCUGCGCAUUUGUAUGCUUCACAAUUAUUACCCCAACAUCUAUUGGAAGACUGUGUAGUAAAUGUAUCAGAAGUUGCAGUGAAUGCUGAGGACCCUACAUAAAAAUCCUCAUGAAGUUGACUUUAUUUCAUAUGUUUAUAUUACGAGAUUUAAUUAAAAUUUUAUUUUAAUGAAGGCAAUUAAUUACGGCAAGGCAAAAAAAAUUGAAUUUCUUAGCUCUUAUAAUUCAUAGCAGUAUUUUUGUUGGUUUGCCAGAAGCAAAAACCCUACAUAUGUUGUGUUCAGAAGCCACAGGAGUCUUUUAAUCUGUGCCUUCCCCCCUCCCUCUUACACAUCUAAGAGUCCAUCCUGAGUAAAUCUGUUGAACAGCCUUUGAGUCUUGUGCGUUUUUCAAGGGGAAGUGAAAUGACCUAAACCAGUGACAAAUGGCAGAAGAGGAAAAAGCAAGCAAUUAUCCCAAAAACCAAAUUAAAACCAGUCUGAGUGUUCAAAUGAAAGCACUAGUGGACUAGACGGUUCAAAGUAAAUAAAAAGCAAUAAACUAAUAAAUGAAUUUCCUCUGUUGCAGUUUUCUUCUUCAGUACAUAUAACUUUUUGGAAAGUACAAGUACAUUCUAUUUUUUUAAAGUAGUCCACUAGUUAUCUAUGUGUGGCUGCUCAGUGUUACUUUUGCCUGAAUUCUGUAAUGCUACUUUUUACAUCUGUUUGAUUGGAUUUACUCAAAACACAUUUCAUGAGUCCACUUGGAACGAUAAUUCUGCAUAGCUUUUUCAACAUCUUCUGACGGGGACUGACAAGUCUCAAAAAAUACUAUCUGUGUAAUAGCUUGUGUACUUAUAACUGGUAUCAUAGAAGUGAGCUAAACCAAAUAAUAUUGCCAAUAGUUAUUGUCCUGUCAGAAUACUUAAUUCAUCUGAAGUUUAUAGUAAUUUACUAUAUAAUAAGUAGAUUAACAUUUUGUUCCUAUUAUGUUAAUGAUGUGACAUUUAUUUCUAUUAUAAGAACAGUCAAAAAAGAAGAAUUGCAUUUCAGUUCCAUUGUUUAUUUGCUGUGUUGUGAACAGGGUGUUGUGAACCCUGAAAAUGACAACAUAUUCCUUUCUUCUCUGGAUGGCCUUGAGAUAGCUAAAUUAGUUGCAUAAUUAGGCAUUUCAAAAACAAGGUUACCAGUUCUCUCAAGUAAUAUAUUGAUACUAAACGUGACAUAAUCAAGGUUCAAAUAAAACACCAUUGCUUAAUAGCAGUUAGAUAUGAAUAGGUUUCCUGCUCAGCAAGUGGAAAUGUAUGGUGAUUGGUGUCCAAUCGUGUUUUUCUAUUAUGUAUGUCUCUAGAGAGCUUAUCUCUGCUUUUUCAUGCUGGUCUGAAGCAAUAAUUAUACUUUUUGCAUUCAUUAGUGACACUGAGAAGAGGAGUGUGUGAAAGGCAAGAAUAAAAAGCAUAAUCAAGGAUUUAUGUUCUAUAUUAGUACAGAACUAAGCCCCGUGCUAAAGUUGGCUUCAUUUUAUUUGUAUUUUUUUUAAUUGUAUAAACAAUAGUAAUUUGUAUGUAUAUUUAUCUGUGGUUGAGUUGUGUUUGAUGUGAGUGUCAGUGUUUGCACAAGAGCAUAUACGUAUACUGAUGUUAUCUGAAUCCCUUCUAUUUUGCUUUUUAUAAGAGCAAUUAAAAGAAUUGAACGUUAACUUUUCAAUGGUAACCUUUGAAAGACUGAAGUAACCAUUUCAAAUCAUAAAAUCAACUGUAUUUCCUUUGCAAGUCUCUUGGACCUAAGUUCAUGGUUGAUAUAUUUACAAUCUAUUAUUCCAUUAGCAAGGCUUCAUCCCUUUUGUUGAUACAUUGACUUUAGUAAUAGAACAGAGGAAAUGUCCUCAAACCCAGCCAACCACGGAUGUUUUAAUAAUCAUAUUUAUUUUUUAAAAGGGUAAUUGUCACUUCUAAAGUCUUUUGCUUAUCAGAACUCCUCAACCUUCAAAUGUUCCUCAAAAGUUCUACUGACACACUUGUUACUGAUUAUUUCUUCCUCUUCAUCUGUAUUUGUUUAAAAUAAAUAAGGCCAGAAGUGAAAGCAAACAGAAACGUUUCAGGGUAUAAAGAACUUCUGGGCACCCAAUAAAAAUGUAGAAUAUCUUAAAAGAACAUGCAAAGUUUGUUAUAACCACCUUAUGAAAUGAAUGAUUCUCUCAGUUGUCUAGUUCCAAUUUAAGAUACCAACACUCCCCCCAAAAUUGCACCCAUAGCAGAAAAAUGGAUACACAUACAGGUGAUAAAGUUGUCAGAGGGUCUGCAAUUCCAGUCAUGCUUGCAUUUUGUGUCAAAUAUAAUGUCAACCAAGGAAAGUAAGGCUGCUUGAAAAGCAGUUGCAUCUUUUUCCUUAAGCCAGCUUUUACAUUGUCAAAGAUCCCGAGUUAAUUUGGAAAAGAUGGGAACAUUUCUAAGAGCAAGUGAUGUAGCACAAUUUUAUUUUAAAUGCUCAACUGUUUACCAAGAAAGAGGUGAAGAAUUAUAAAAAUAUACAGAAUCAGAUAAUGUGGCAUUUAGAGCUCCAAAUGUUUUUAAAAUUGCAUCUGUUAAUGAUUUUCAGGAAAAGAGAUGUUAAACAACUUUUUUAGUUUAUUACCAAAGCUGAAAGUUUUCAUAGGUUGAUAGUUGUUCCUUGCUUCUCUACACAAUCUCUCCCAGUUAAAAUGCUGCUUUGCCAGCUCUCAGGCAAGGAACCUGAAGGAACAGAUGGAGCAGAUACAAUAUUAGAAAGCAAAUAUUUGUAUAAUUCCAUGUAACACCUGUAAGGAAAUUUGUUAAGGCAGAUGACACCCUACUUCAAAUCAUAUCUCCCAUUUAAUAGACAGGAAUAGGGAACAAUUGACAAAGCAGUCACAGAAGACUAUUAAUACCCUCGAAGAACUUGGAGACUAGCCAACAAAAUGUGUCAAGAUGAACUUUGCAAAUGAAUUAGGACAAAAGAUAUAUUUUUUUUAAAAAAAUGAAACUAACUUAUGAACCAUUUUCAUCAGUAAAGUAGAGGAAAGUCUUGAAGCAAUAUGAAGAUCAACAGAUCUUGAUUUUCUGGAAUACAGUUGGAUAUAGUGUAAAAGCAACAUCUUUGGAUUUUGAGAUUAUUAACUGAUUUUGUUAAACUUUUUGAAAAUGGUUUGCAUCCCUCAACAAUUACCAAGGGGGAAAAAAGAUAACUAAGAAACAUUAAGGAUCCGACAUAGCUGUAUUUUGAUUCUGCUAUUAUUGCUGGUGUUUUUAGUAUUGACACUUUUAUCUGAAUACUGAAAUUCUUUAUAUUUGCCUCAACAGAGAUCACCCUUCACUUGAUACUUCAAUAUUUUUUCAAUUUUGUUUAUUCAAGAAAAUUAAUGGGAGGAUUAAAUAUGAUCAUUCUUAAGUCUGUAGAAGAGAAUCUUAAGGCUUUUUCAUUACAAUAGUAAAAAUUAAUACAGACUAAAGUUAAAGAAAAGAAACUGAAAAGGAAAGAGAACAUAGGAAAAAGAAAAGAAAUAUAUAAAGAUGUGACUUCCAAUCUUCAUCACAAGUAUACCCCCUAUAAGAUUAAAUAGAUCUUCCUUCAUCCCAUAUCCCAUCUUUUAUCUGUAAGCAAGUCCAUAAAACAUCCACUUCUCAAUCCUGGAAAUAGCUAUAAAGAGUUGGAAAACCUUUAACCUUAAUCAAAUAAACCAACCUUAUAUUCCUACUUUUUUACUUCUAACAGUUUUAAUCCUUAAUUAAAUUGAAUACUGUUGUAGGAUUUUAUCUUGAUUAUUUUUCCCACUGCACAGAUUUCUUCAAGGCUUUGGCUUUUUAAUAUAAUUUUUAAUUAAAAGUUUUAGAGUAUAAAAACUCCCACCAACUAAUAAAAAAGCAGAAAAAGAAAGAAAAAGGACAAAGUGCAAAAAAAAAAAGAAUAAAAAGAAAUAGAAACUUCUGAUUACCUUUGCAACAAAUAUAGGUACGGUUACAAAGGUAUCUCUUAUUAUGAUUAUUAAAAAAAAGUUAAGUCUUUUAUAUUAUCCAGAUUUUAGUUUUAAUCAUCAAAAGUACAAUUCAUAAAUGCAUUUUGUUCCAUUUUAUGCAAAAGGUCUAUAAAGGGCUUCAAUCAAUCAUAAAUGUAUAUAUUGUUUUUUCUCUAAUCAAAGAAGUUAAUUUAGCCACGUACACAAGUUACAUCAUCUUCACCAAAACAAGUCCUUUUGUAGGUCCAAUAAGAAAACAUUUUCCAGGCCACUAUCAUGGUUUAUAAUUUGUAUUUUUCUUUUAAUUUCCUCAGUUGGUUUCUUGUAUAUAUCCAGCAAAGCAUCCUUUUCAAAAUCAUCACAGCCGUGCCAUUUGUGGUUCCACAUUCUGUACUUUAGCUAUCUUAUCUGAUAAAAAAUUGUUCCAUAGCCAUCAUUUACAUGUAAUGUAAAACUGACAGCUGGUCUUUGACCAUAAAUAAAAUGUUUGUGUGUA